GUCUGUAUAAAGAGAAGGGCUUAUUUUAUUUUAUUUUUUUUAGCCCCAAACUGAAGAAAAUUCCUUGAAGGGUUUCCCUAAUAUAUAAACAUAAGCACUCAUAAAGUACCUCUGCUCAAUUUGUAAAAGGCCGCACAGGUCUCAUGUAUAACAGUUGUGUAGGGAACUGCACUGUGAGUGCGGUUUUUAUUUGUGAAAACAAACUGCAUACUUGAUGUUUGCAGGGUCCAUGUCUGAAGUGCUGAGUUUUUGAAGGUGUCUGAAAAUUUCGAGGACUUUAUACAGGAGGCCCUUCACCUCUAUUGCUGCUAAAAGAAGCACUGGCUUUUGUGAAUGUACUUUGUUUAGAAGCAAAAAUGAGAGUAUCAGACUUUGUAACAAAAGGAUUAUUUUAAGAUAUAACUAUUUUAUUUUUACCUGUUUAACUUCCAAUGAUGAUGCUGGUGCAUUUGGACUAAAUAGUUAAAAAUUGAUUCACCGAGAAGGCAGACUGAGAAACCAAAACUAUUCGCAAAGUACCAAUUCAUGUCGUUUGUGAGAACUGUUUGAGUUGGAAAAUAAAAAAAAAAACUCAAAAAGUUUAAAUAUUUCAAUUUUUUUUUUUGUUUUAAAAUGGUUAGAAAAUUAAUGGGUUAAAUAAGCUUGUAACGAAAUGAAACACUUUCAUUUACACUAAGGAUUUUUUCUGCAAUUUAUUUUGCCAAUCACAGAAACUACAAAAUGUGUACGUAUUUGAUGCUGGUAUAAGCUCAGCACUGUAGCUUCUUGUGAGUUCCACUGAAAUCUGGGAGCAUUCAGUCAGUGCUCAAUUUGGCCUUUUCAUUUUGUGGAAUGUGAUGCCAGUGUAUAUGUUGACAUAACUUAUUUGUUCUUGUUUUAGCAGCUGCAGAAAAAUGUUGGUCUGUAAAUUGUUGAGGUGUUUGAUCAGUGAAUGAAGCUCAUCAAUGUUUCAUUUUGUUAUGUGAGUAAAUGUAGCUUGUGUAGUUCAUACUGGUUGACUUGUAAAACAGGAAAAGUUUAUAUGUAUAUGUGAUCUCUAAUAUUUUGUGAACUAUUGGAACUGUUGUAAAUUGCAGAGCUUCAUUAAAGUUAUCAAACCAUAUCUUGAGAGUUACAAUAUUUUUGCACAACAGAAGGGAACCUAAGUUACGAAAGUGAGCCUUAUUACAACCCCCCUGAAUUCAAACUGACCAGUGCCAUUCACAUCCAUGACAUCAGUGUGAAGGUAGUGAAGAGGACAGUGAGGAUACAAAUAAUAGGUCUGAAUGUUCAUAGCCCUGCGUAAUCAGCGGUCUAAGGCAGACUAGGUCAAGUUCUGAUGAUCCAUGCUUAGAAAAUGCAAGUAGAAGUGUUUGUAUUCAAGUAGCUGCCAACACUGUUACACAGAUACUGAUUAGUUUCACAUGCACUGCAAGUCCUGAAAAAAAUACGUUCGUUUUGCUGUUACUAUUUUGUCUUGUCCAUUGGCAGCUCAGGAUGCAGCCACCCAUGAGUCUGUUACCUCUGAAAGAGAUUUGAUUACCAUUGUGUUUGGUCUCAGAGGAGAUGUGCUGUGUUGUAUGACUUGCAAAUUAUAUGUUUUAUAAAAUAUAAGAUUAUAGGAAAAAAACCAACAACAAAAACCAGGACACCUUCCCAGUAGGAUCCAAGCAUGCUCAGGCAGGAAGAACAGGGCAGGCUGCCUUGUGCUGUGCCACUGAACUCUGCAGAGGCUGGCUGCCUGCUCUCUGCUGGGCAGCAAUUAGUGCCUCCAGAGCAGGCAGGGGCAGUCUGGUGGGUUGAAAGUGAAUCUCGUUUCUGAUUAAUGACUGAGGAAAUCUUCAGGGUGGGAGAAUGGGAGAAUAUUAUAAUCUAAUAGGGAGCUUAAGAAAGGGCAGGCUGUAUAAUGAGGCAAGUAAUCCUAAAACAAGGUCCCAGCCUAGUCUGAAACUGCCUGCUGAAGCAAAGAAGGCCUCAGUAACAACUUGCUCAUCACUGGGAUUAGGCAAUGACCUGUGGUUUGUUAUCUGUAUACAAAGAAAGAAAACGAGGUUCAGUGUUGUUUUUCAAAAACCUGAUUCUUGAGGAAAAGUGUCUUUCUAUUACUUGUGUGGGCUUUUGGCUGUUUUUUUUUUUCCUUGUUUUUUUUUUUAAAGAUAUUUGUAGAAUUAAAAAUUUAUUUUCUUGUUACUUUAGUCUGACUCGUUAGGAAUGAGUUAAUUUUAAUACUUGCUAAGAACUCCUAAAUGCUGACAGUGUAAUGCUGUUACAAAGAUGGAGGAAGGAGGGGCUAUUUUAUAAGGGUUGCAUCCUGUUUUCUUGAGAUAACUGUGAACCCACUACUUUGUGAUAUAGAAUGACUUCAAGGAAAAAAGAUUUUUUCACCAUAUUUUAUUCACCCUGUCCUCUUGAGGAGCAAGAUAGAGAGAGCAGCAAUGUUAGAGCAGAGCCAUCUACCACCACACAUGAUUUGUUACUUCUGACAAAAAAGUUGGUGCACUCCAUAAAGAUCUGUUGUCUGAAGUUCUUAUUCUUCAAGCCUACAGCCUACUGUGGGAGAUCAGCAGAUUGCUCUGGAAAGACCACAGACAAAUUCUGCCUGUCAGUGCUCCUCGUGUUUCUCUUCUGGACACUACUGUGGCCAGGAUGUGAUGCUCUGGGAGUGCCAGUGGCUGGACAAUGGAAGCUCUAUAGAGGAUGACACUGCCAAGCUAAGCAGCCAUGCAGUGCAUGAUGUGCUUUGUCCCCAGUGGGAGAAGAGCUGUGGGGCUGGAUGGAGCAAAUCAAAACCCUGCAAGCCUCCAGCAUCAGCAGAUCAACUACACAAUUUCU